CGCGCGCGCGGCGGGGCGUGUGUAGUGUGCGAGAUAGAAAAAAGACGACGAACGACGUCGUGCGCACACGCAGCAGUAAAAGCGGCCGUACAAAAAAAUCAGGAAAUCUGCAUAAAAAGCUCCAGCGCCGUUACAUAAAAUAAGCAGCGCCCGCCAACUCUUGAUUGAGACAAGAACUAAGGCUGCACUUUUUUCUUUUAUUUAUUUUUUUAAGGGGAGGGAAACAAGAGUGUGGAGUCAAGUUACACGACGAACGCUGGCAUCCAACUCUGGAUUAUUAUUGUUCAAAGCAACUUUGGAUGUAGUUAGUCCAAGCUAGCUAAAUAGCUCAAAAGUUUGCGCCGUCCGCAAUGUCUGGGAGCGAGGACGACAGAGACGAUUACGGAGCUCCGCCGCAGGACCGCUUGAUGCAAGAUGACGAAGACGAGGAGAUUUCAGAGAAUGAGACUCAGAAGGUGAAGAAGAAGAAGAAGGCCAAAAAGAGCCGGGAGAGUAAAGGCAGCAAGCGGCGCUCGCGCAGGGAGGAACUUGCCAUCAGCUCCCCUGAGCACAUGGACGCGGCCGGGGGAGAGGAUGAGGCGGAUGACAACGAUGGGACCGCUGGCGCCGGCCAUGCUCAGCGCUCGGACAGCGAGGGCAGCGACUACACGCCGGGACGCAAGAAGAAGAAGCGGGCCGGGGGCGGCAAGGAGAAGAAGCGCAGCGGAGCCAGCUCCGAACGCGGCUCGUCCAAAAAGAAAGAACCUGAACCGGAGGAGGAGGACGAGGAUGACGAUGACGACUUCUCGGAGCCCAAGUCGUCCUCCCAGCUGCUGGAGAACUGGGGCAUGGAGGACAUCGACCACAUAUUCACCCAGGAGGACUAUCGCUCGUUGACAAACUACAAGGCCUUCAGUCAAUUUGUCAGGCCGCUCAUCGCCGCCAAGAACCCCAAAAUCGCCGUGUCCAAGAUGAUGAUGGUCCUGGGCGCCAAAUGGCGGGAGUUCAGCACCAACAACCCCCUGAGGGGAGCAGCGGCCGCCAACGCCGCUCUGGCCACGGCCAACGUGCCCGCCGCCGUCGACAACAUGGUGGCCGAGGCAGCUCCGGUGCCACCUGCCGCCCCGGCGCCCGUCGAGGCGCAGCAGCCCCCUGCGCCUCCCCUUCGCAAGGCCAAGACCAAGGAAGGCAAAGGUCCCAAUGCCCGCAAAAAGUCCAAAUCAGCGCAGAAACCUCAAGAGAAGAAGAACAACGCAAAGACCAAAAAAGUGGCUCCUCUGAAAAUCAAGCUGGGGGGAUUCAGCAGCAAGAGGAAGCGAUCUUCGAGCGAGGAGGACGAGCCGGAUGCCGACAGCGACUUUGAGGACGGCAGCAUGAACAGCGUCUCCGUCUCGGAAGGCUCCAACAGCCGCAGCGGUCGCAGCAAAAAGAAGCCCUCGUCCAAGGGCAAGCCCAAGAGGAAGAAAGCCGAGGACGCGGACGGCUAUGAGACGGACCACCAGGACUACUGCGAGGUGUGUCAGCAGGGCGGCGAGAUCAUCCUGUGCGACACGUGUCCCAGAGCCUACCACAUGGUGUGCCUGGACCCCGACAUGGAGAAAGCCCCCGAGGGCACCUGGAGCUGUCCGCACUGCGAGAAGGAGGGCAUCCAGUGGGAGGCGAGGGAGGAGCCGUCGGAAGGCGAGGAGGACAACGGCGACGGCGGGGAGAUGGAGGAGGACGACCACCACAUGGAGUUCUGCAGGGUGUGCAAAGACGGCGGCGAGCUGCUCUGCUGCGACUCGUGUCCGUCGUCUUACCACAUCCACUGCCUCAAUCCGCCCCUGCCCGAGAUCCCCAACGGCGAGUGGAUCUGCCCUCGCUGCCUGUGCCCUCCCAUGAAGGGGAAAGUCCAGAAGAUCUUAACAUGGCAGUGGGGAGAACCUCCUCCCCCAACACCCGUACCCCGCCCGCCGGACCUCCCGCCGGACGCGCCUGAUCCCGCCCCGUUGGCAGGGCGCCCCGAGCGAGAGUUCUUUGCCAAGUGGUACAACAUGUCCUACUGGCACUGCUCUUGGGUCACCGAGCUGCAGCUGGAGCUGCACUGUCAGGUGAUGUUCAGGAAUUACCAGAGGAAGAAUGACAUGGAUGAGCCGCCGCCCAUCGACUUUGGUGACGGCGAGGAAGACAAAAGCGACAAGAGAAAGAACAAGGACCCCAUGUACGCACAGCUGGAUGAGCGGUACCUCCGAUUUGGAAUCAAGAUGGAGUGGCUGAUGAUCCACCGCAUCCUCAACCACAGUGUGGACCGCAAGAACAACGUGCACUACCUGAUCAAGUGGCGCGAACUGGCGUACGACCAGGCCACCUGGGAGGCGGACGACAUGGACAUUCCUGAGUUUGAUACCUUCAAGCUGCAGUACUGGAACCACAGAGAGCUGAUGAUGGGCGACGACGGCAAACCCGGAAAGAAGAUCAAGGUGAAAGGACGCAUGAAGCGUCUGGACAGACCGCCAGAGAACCCCGUUGUUGAUCCUACCAUCAAGUUUGAUCGUCAGCCCGAGUACCUGGACAGCACGGGCGGCACGCUGCACCCCUACCAGCUGGAGGGCCUCAACUGGCUGCGCUUCUCCUGGGCGCAGGGCACUGACACCAUCUUGGCUGACGAGAUGGGCCUGGGCAAGACCGUCCAGACGGCCGUCUUCCUCUACUCUCUCUAUAAAGAGGGUCACUCCAAGGGUCCCUUCCUGGUCAGCGCGCCGCUCUCCACCAUCAUCAACUGGGAGAGGGAAUUUGAGAUGUGGGCGCCCGACAUGUAUGUAGUGACGUACGUGGGCGAUAAAGACAGCAGGGCUGUCAUCCGCGAGAACGAGUUCUCCUUCGAGGACAAUGCCAUCCGGGGAGGGAAGAAAGCCUCCAGGAUGAAGAAAGACUCGUCCAUCAAGUUUCACGUCCUGCUGACGUCGUACGAGCUGAUCACCAUCGACAUGGCCAUCCUCGGCUCCAUCGACUGGGCCUGUUUGGUAGUGGACGAGGCCCACAGGCUAAAGAACAACCAGUCCAAGUUUUUCCGUGUAUUGAACAACUACCCAUUGCAACAUAAGCUGUUGCUCACCGGGACGCCACUGCAAAACAACCUGGAGGAGCUUUUUCACCUGCUCAACUUCCUCACGCCCGAGCGGUUCAGCAACCUGGAGGGCUUCCUGGAGGAGUUUGCCGACAUCGCCAAAGAAGACCAGAUCAAGAAGCUGCAUGACAUGCUGGGGCCGCACAUGCUGAGGAGGCUCAAGGCCGACGUCUUCAAGCACAUGCCCUCCAAGACUGAGCUCAUCCUGCGCGUGGAGCUCAGCCCGCAGCAGAAGAAAUACUACAAAUUCAUCCUGACUAGGAACUUUGAAGCGCUCAACACCAAAGGUGGCGGCAACCAGGUCUCGCUCCUUAACGUGGUCAUGGACCUGAAGAAGUGCUGCAACCACCCCUUCCUCUUCCCCGGAGCCGCAAUGGAAGCGCCCAAGUUGCCCAAUGGGAUGUACGACGGCAGCUCGCUCAUCAAGGCGGCCGGCAAGCUGAUGCUGCUGCAGAAGAUGAUGAGGAAGCUAAAGGACGGAGGACACAGAGUGCUAAUCUUCUCCCAGAUGACCAAGAUGUUGGACCUCCUGGAGGACUUCCUGGAGAACGAGGGCUACAAGUACGAGCGAAUCGACGGCAGCAUCACAGGAGGGAUGAGACAGGAAGCCAUCGACCGCUUCAACGCUCCCGGCGCACAGCAGUUUGCCUUCCUGCUGUCCACGAGGGCCGGAGGGCUGGGCAUCAAUCUGGCCACCGCCGACACGGUCAUCAUCUACGACUCGGACUGGAAUCCUCACAACGACAUUCAGGCUUUCAGCAGAGCUCAUCGAAUCGGUCAGAACAAAAAAGUGAUGAUAUACCGUUUUGUCACCAAGGCCUCAGUGGAGGAAAGGAUCACGCAGGUGGCCAAGAAGAAGAUGAUGCUCACCCAUUUGGUCGUCCGACCCGGCCUGGGUUCCAAGACGGGUUCCAUGUCCAAGCAGGAAUUGGACGAUAUUCUCAAGUUCGGAACAGAGGAGCUCUUCAAAGACGAGGGCGAGGGUGAGAACAAGGAGGAAGACAGCAGCGUCAUCCACUACGACGACAAGGCCAUUGACCGGCUGCUGGACAGAAACCAGGACGCCACCGAUGACACGGAGCUGCAGAGCAUGAACGAGUACCUGAGCUCCUUCAAGGUGGCGCAGUAUGUGGUCAAAGACGAGGACGAGGAGGAGGAGGAGGUGCAGCGCGAGAUUAUCAAGCAAGAGGAGAGCGUGGAUCCCGACUACUGGGAGAAGUUGCUGCGGCACCAUUAUGAGCAGCAGCAGGAGGAUUUGGCUCGCAAUCUGGGCAAAGGCAAGCGCAUCCGCAAGCAGGUCAACUACAACGACGGCUCGCAGGAGGACAGAGCCGAUUGGCAGGACGAUCAGUCUGAUGGCCAAUCGGAUUACUCUGUGGCAUCCGAAGAGGGAGAUGAGGACUUUGAUGAGCGAUCGGAAGCUAAUUCACGCAGACCGAGCAGGAAAGGCCUGAGGAAUGACAAGGACAAGCCACUGCCCCCCCUGCUGGCCAGGGUGGGAGGCAACAUCGAGGUGCUGGGCUUCAACUCGCGGCAGAGGAAGGCAUUCUUGAAUGCCGUGAUGCGUUACGGCAUGCCGCCCCAGGACGCCUUCACCACGCAGUGGUUGGUCCGAGACCUGCGAGGGAAAUCUGAGAAAGAAUUUAAGGCCUACGUGUCUCUUUUCAUGCGGCACCUCUGCGAGCCUGGGGCUGAUGGUGCCGAAACGUUUGCGGACGGCGUUCCCAGGGAAGGCUUGUCCCGGCAACACGUCCUCACCCGCAUCGGCGUCAUGUCGCUCAUUCGCAAAAAGGUGCAGGAAUUCGAACACGUCAACGGCCAGUGGUCGCUACCGUGGAUGGCCGAGUUGGAGGAGAACAAGCGGGCUGCUCAGCCCGACUCGCCGGGGAAAACGCCGUCCACGGGAACGCCCGCUGACACGCAGCCCAACACGCCGGCUCCGGUUGAUGAGUCAAAAAGCGAUGAGGUCAUCCGGGACGGGGACAAAGAUGUGAAGAAAGACAGUGAGGUGGACAAGAACGGCAAAGACGCCCCAAAGAGCACCAGCGAGGUCAUCUCCAUCCCCGAUGACGACGACGACGACGACGACAACAAGAGUCCGGCGGAAGAGAAGAAGGACGAUGAGCCCAUGGAAACGGACAAAGCAACCAAUGGGGAAGCCGACGGCGCCAAGGAUGACGGCGACAAGAAGAGCCCCCGAGGCGAAGACGACUCUGCGUCGCCUUCCGAGGUCAAAAGCGAGGGAGCGGAGUCCAAAAGUCAAGAGUCGGAUAGCAAAGAAGACAAGUUGGAGAAAAUGGACACGACGCCCCCACCCCCAGACGACAAGAAAGCGGCCGUCAAGGAUGAGAAGGAGGCUCCCAAAGCAGAGGAGGCCCCCAAACUGCAGAAUGGCGACGCUGCCACCUUGGAGGAGAAGAAGAAAGCCAAGAGUCGCUUCAUGUUCAAUAUUGCCGACGGAGGCUUCACGGAACUUCACUCGUUGUGGCAGAACGAGGAGCGUGCCGCCACCGUGACCAGAAAGACCAACGAGAUUUGGCACCGUCGCCACGACUACUGGCUGCUGGCCGGAAUCAUCCAACACGGCUACGCUCGCUGGCAGGACAUCCAGAACGACGUCAAGUUCGCCAUCCUCAACGAGCCUUUCAAAGGGGAGAUGAACCGUGGCAAUUUCCUGGAAAUCAAGAACAAGUUCCUGGCCAGGAGGUUUAAGCUCCUGGAGCAGGCGCUGGUGAUCGAGGAGCAGUUGCGACGCGCCGCCUACCUCAACAUGUCGGAGGACCCUUCGCACCCGUCCAUGGCGCUCAACACGCGAUUCAGUGAGGUGGAGUGUCUGGCCGAGUCGCACCAGCACCUCAGCAAAGAGUCAAUGUUGGGGAACAAGCCGGCCAAUGCCGUCUUGCACAAAGUGCUGAAGCAGCUGGAGGAGCUGCUGAGCGACAUGAAGGCGGAUGUGACGCGCCUACCGGCGACCAUUGCCCGAAUCCCACCGGUGGCCGUGCGCCUGCAGAUGUCCGAGAGGAACAUCCUCAGCCGCCUGGCCAGCCGAGGGCCCGAUGCGCACACGCAGGCGCAGCAGAUGUCUCAGCAGUAGACGGACGGACGACGCUCAGCUCUUUACUUCUAAAACACCCCCAACCACAUUCCUGAUUGGUGACGAGUGGCGCGCCCAGGCUUGAAGCCACGCCCCCCCCCAACAGACAGAUUUUGAGUUGCCCGAAGGACGGACAAAUUGACGCACAGACUGACGUCCUUCCCGACUCUGCGUUUGAGGCUGUGGACACAAAAAGCAAUUUUAUUUUUUUCUCCUUUUUUCAACUUCUGUAUUAAUAUUAUUGAUAUAAUGUUAUUAUGAUGGUUUUUUUGGGACCUAAAUAAAAAAAGUAAAAUAAAAAGCCA